AAAACGCAGUUAAUAAUUUUCUGACUUUGCUCUCCGAAAUGCUCUUCAAUGGAGGUGGUGCUAAUCGGAUCCUCUGAUUAUUCGUCUCUCUCCUCUCCUUUUCUCCUCUCCAACGCACACAGAAACCCCGAUUUCUCUCUCAAGGAAUUCACAAGAAAACAGCACCACGCAAAACUCUGAAAUUCGUUUUCUAUUUCUUUUUUCCUUUGUUUUCUCGGUAACCAAACAGAGCUAAAUUAACAUGUGAAUUUGGGUUUAUGCGUUUACUUGAUAUCUAAAUACGAGGUGAAAAUUCUGAAUUCGAUUUCUGUCUGUUUUCUUGGUAACCAAACAGAACGUUAUGCGAAUUGGGUUUAUGCUUUUACUUGAAUUGGCGAGACAGCUUACCUGUAAUUUGCUAGUUUUUAGAAGUGUUAUCUUUUGUUACUGUAAAUAAUUGUAUUAGUAGAAUGACGAAACCCUAUUUGAAAAACAAGGCUUUUGCUCUCAGGAGGAGGUUCAUGACCCCCAAAAGUGGGCAAUUCUUCCUCUCUCUUUUUUUCUCUAUGUUUUAAUUGUAUGACAUAAUUUGAUGCCUUUUCAAAGUUCACAUGGAGAUGGAUGUUUAUCAGUGUAAUUCACAAUACAUUCGAAAGCUUUUAAAGUGAAUUUUUGUUCUUUAAAUGAUACAAGCCUAUUGAACUACACUUAUUGCAGAGUAAACAGACAAAGUGAUCUGAACAUCCCUCACAUUCUUGGAAAGAUUUGUGAAAUUCAGUAAUGACAUAAACCACAUGCUUUUCAUUGCGUCUAUGUAUAACUGAUUUAGAUAGGCAGUUAAAUUUUGUUAUAAGGAGAAAUAUUUUAUCAACUUGCAUCUCCUGAAAUAGGAAGAUACUGAUUUUUGGUUUUAUGUGCAUAUGAAAAUGUUCAACUGUAUUCUUUGCUGGUGCAGAUUCAGAGGUCUCUUCCCAUUAGGAUCAUAGAAACUCGAUUACGGAGUUCCUUAUCGUAUAUAAGCAACGAUGUCAAUGACAGGCCAAGAAGUUGCAAGCCAGUAUUCUAUUCUUUACAAGAUUACAGACACAGGUUCUUUUGUCAACCAGUACGAAAGAUUACAUUGCAAUGUGGUUUGUUCUCAGUAUGGAAUGGAUGCCUUUUCAAGUUCAGGAAGCACACAAUCUGUCUUCCGCAUGUAGUAAAAUGUUAAGAAAAUUUUAAAAAGCAUGUAUCCUUUCUUUUUGUCCACAUCAUUGUUGGUAUGGUCCUUGUUAUGAUGGUUUCUGUUGCUGUUAGCAAAACUCCUUUCUGUAAGUUGGAUCGUUUUGUAAAUUAAAAUUUGGUUUGAAGCUUAAGAGAAUGGCGAUUUUAUUUCUCUUUUUUUCCGGUGGUUGAAAUUUUAUUUUAUUUCCUAUCAUAAUACUUCAAUGCUAACAUUUUGCAGUGGCCCUUGCCGAAGAGAUUCGUCUUUUCUUAGAGGCAUGGAGAGCAAUUGACCGUGCAUAUGUUGACAAAAAUUUCAAUGGACAAAGUUGGUUUAGGUACAGAGAAAAUGCAUUGCGCAAUGAACCAAUGAACACCCGAGAAGAGACAUAUAAGGCAAUCAGGAAAAUGCUUGCCACCUUGGAUGAUCCUUUCACUAGGUUUUUGGAGCCUGAAAAGUUUAAAAGUCUGCGGUUAGGGACACAAGGCAGUCUUACAGGUGUAGGGCUGUCAAUUGGCUACCCUACCGGAGGUGAUGGAUCAACUGCAGGACUGGUGGUAAUUUCAACUGCUCCAGUAGGUCCUGCAAAUAAAGCCGGUAUUUUGUCCGGGGAUGUUAUCCUGAAAAUUGAUGACGCAAAUACAGAAACCAUGGGCAUAUACGAUGCAGCAGACCGUUUGCAGGGACCUGAAGGCAGUGCAGUGGAACUAACUAUUCAGAGUGGACCUGAGAUAAAGCACCUAUCUUUGGUGCGAGAGAGAGUUUCAUUGAAUCCAGUGCAGUCGAGGCUCUGUGAGAUAACUGGUUUGGGGAGGGAGGACUCCAAAGUUGGAUAUAUCAAACUAACUUCAUUCAACCAAAACGCUUCUGGUGCCGUCAGGGAAGCAAUUGAAACUUUAAGGAGAAACAACGUUAACGCUUUUGUCUUGGAUCUUCGGGAUAAUAGUGGUGGUCUUUUCCCUGAAGGAAUAGAGAUUGCUAAGAUUUGGUUAGAGAAAGGUGUCAUUGUGUAUAUUUGUGAUAGUCAAGGUGUUCGAGAUAUAUAUGACACUGAUGGAAGCAAUGCUAUAGCAGCUAGAGAACCCCUAGCCGUGCUGGUAAACAAAGGAACUGCUAGUGCAAGCGAAAUUUUAGCUGGUGCAUUGAAGGACAAUAAAAGAGCAGUGUUGUUUGGUGAACCCACAUAUGGGAAAGGCAAGAUUCAAUCAGUUUUUGAGCUAUCCGAUGGCUCUGGUUUGGCUGUUACAGUGGCUCGCUACGAGACACCUGCUCACACUGAUAUUGACAAGGUUGGUGUGGUUCCGGACCAUCCUCUGCCAGUAUCUUUUCCCAAGGAUGAUCAGGGUUUUUGUAGCUGCCUCCAUAUAGCGACCCCGGUUCAGGUGAUAAACUACCUCCAAGGACUUAGCUUGGGAGGGUUUGGCUUAUCCAAUCCAAUGGAUAGAUUAUCCAAUGAUUAUCAAAACAAUGCUCUCAUGGAUAGUAAAAGGCUUUCGAUGAAGCAAAUAUUUUACUUUCUGGAUCUCCAGCACUAUGAUUAUUUAGAUAAAGAUCACCAGAGAGAGCAAUUGGAAAAUAUCCAAAAACUUUCUUUGACAGAAUAUUGGAUAGACAGUCUAAUAUAUGUUUCACAAGCAGCGUCCAACAUCCAUGGCUCAGCAAAAUUGUCAUUCAUGAGAAAUAAUUUGGAUCUUUCGUUGGAACUAGCCAUGACCGCGGAUGAUAUAGAACAUUCCUGGAAUGAGCAAUACAGCCAAGAUCCGGAUUCCCCUCCAUCAGAGACUGAUGAAGAAUAUCACAAUCUCAUCAACAAGAUGGAAGCAUAA